UCAGAACGUGUCAACCGGUGUUGAUAUUCGUGAGGUUGUGUCGCGCGUGCUGUUGACUGUUACUUCCCAAGUGGAUUUCUGUUACUUGUGCUGUGAGAUUGCCGAUAUCUUGUCGUCAACUACUAAUUUAAAGCCCACGCAAUAUCCAUACAGAAUUCAACGUGAACGGUUAUCGAUAAAUGCAGCAAAAUGUUCUGGGGCCUGUCGUUGAAAGCAAAUAAGAAAUACACACAAACGAUCUCCAAGCCCUUCCACGUUUCCCAGGCGGCUUUGGAUAUAACCAACAGCUCAGACGAGCCGGUCCAGGUAAUCCUCACUUGGGACAAGAGCAACUACAUCCUAUGCACUCUGCGGAAGGGCAAAACGGAACAGGUCCCGCUAGACUUGAAUUUCUCGGAGGGAGAUGAAAUUUCCUUCACCGCACAAGGAGGUGGCAACGUCCACUUGGCGGGCUACUUCAUGACUGAUCCGGACAUCAUGUACGAGGAUUCUGAUUCGGAACAAGAGUCUGCCGAUGACUUGGAUCUCACGGAUGGAAAGGAUUUAGAGGAGUCUCCAAAGAACAACAAAAAGGCGAAAAAUGCCGGACAACUCAAGAGGAAAGCUGAAGACAAACCAAUUGAGAGUUCCGAUGAAGAAGAUGAGUCUGCUGACGAGGAGGACGACGACGAUGAUGAUGAGGACGAAGAAGAUGAGGAGGAUGAAAGCGAAAGUGAGGAGGAAGAGAAACAGCAGCCUAAAAAGAAGCAACCCAAGCUAGACAAAUCGAAGGAAAACUUAGUUAACGGAAAAGCACAGCAGCCCAAGGAAAAGAAAGUCCAAAACGAAAAGCCCAAGGGAGGCGAGAAGACACUACAGGGUGGUGUUAAAAUCGAGGAUAUCCAGGUCGGCGGAGGUCAAGAAGCACGUCCCGGGAAGAAAGUACAAGUCUACUACGAAGGCCGACUGAAGUCGAACAACAAAGUUUUCGACAGCAGUAAGCAGGGCGCUGGGUUCAAAUUCAUCCUCGGCCGCGGUGAAGUGAUUAAGGGCUGGGAUAUUGGUGUUGCAGGAAUGAAAAUCGGCGGUAAGCGAAGAAUCACGUGCCCGCCAAAUAUGGCGUACGGAGCCCGGGGCUCUCCGCCAGUCAUCCCGCCCAAUAGCACGCUCGUCUUCGACGUAGAGCUUAAGGGUGUCCACUAACACACUUAUUCCAGUGCGAUUUUUUACAUAAUCACAAUUUCGUUAUAAUGGUUUGUACAAAUAAGGAAAGUAAAUAAAUAAGAUCUGUAUUAAAACAAAAAUA